AGACCUGCGGGGGCAGUAAUGAACUCCCCGCGUUGUUUACCAUUCGACAAGGAAUCGGAAACAAAGCAAAGGAGGCACGACAGGCGGUGGUCACACGUGGGUACAGAAGUUUAUCGGAGUAAUGUGGUGUAGUCAACUUAAUUAGAAAAACAUGUCGAGGAGGCAGAAAGCUAUACCAGAAGAAAAGACCGCUUCCGAAGUGGGACACGAGCAGGAGGAGGAGGAUGUCCAGGAUCCGCCGCCGGAGACCAGACGCACCCGCAGCGGCCGCAGAGUGCGCACUCCUGUCGCGCUACUAGAGUCUGAAGCCCCGGUGAGGACUCCCAGCCGGAGGACCAGGAGGUCUGUGCUCCAGGAGCUGCCGGCGGUGGAAGAGAAAAGCACGGAGGAGCCAGAGCGGAUACCCGAGAGUGUGGCCGAGGAGACGCCGCGCACGUCUGCUGCUGGACCGGAGCCGUGUACGGUGUCGGAGCUAGCUGCCAGAGCCGACGUUACCCUAAGCGGAGACGGUCAUAUGUCCAGGCCUGCGCUAGCGGAAACGGCCCCAACGAUUGCAGAGACCGUCCCGCAGAAGAUGCGACGUCUGGCUCCAAGUGGGAAACAAAACCCGGUCAUUCCCCUGGGAAAACCGAAAUCUGGGAGAGUGUGGAAGGACCGCAACAAGCAGAGGUUCUCUGCGUUGGUAAGAGAUAAGCCAUUGUGCUCCUCCUGGGAGAAGAAGAUGGAGGCCAAGCGAGAGAAGGAGCUGGUGAAACGGUUUUCUUUGCAGCUUAAAGAGGAGAAAGCCAAACAGAAAGAGGACAAGAGGAAGAGGAGAGAAGACAACUUGAAACGACGCGCGGAGAAUGAACGCAAAGCAGAGAUCGUGCAAGUGAUCCGGAACACAGCAAAGAUCAAGAGGAUGAAGAGGAAACAACUCAGAAAAGUAGAGAAGAGAGACACGCUGGCUCUGCUGCAGAAGUCACAGAAGCAGAACGUAAAAGCCAAAGGGCAAAAAAACAACAAGACUGACAAAGAUUUAACCUAAAGACAGAGAUAAUAAAAAUGCAUCUGUUCAGCGAUUUGCCUUGGAUGUCUGAAAUACAACAAACACAAUCAGACACGUUCCUCUGAGAGGACUUAUUUACACAUUAACCCGAGGAAAAGUUUUCUAAACAAAAAUUGUAUUAAAUGAAAAAUAAUCUAAGUACAUAAAUAAAUGUAACAUGCUGCACAAUAUGUGUGAUUGCUGCUGGUCAGGCGGGCACUAAGGUGAUCGUCACAGAACAGUUAGGAUUCGACUUUUCUUUUCUUUUUUUUUUCUUUCCCCUUAUUUUUUUGAAUAUUGCCUGGCUGUGUUAUCUUUAAAGAGCCUGUGUGCCAGUAAAGCAUCACAUAUGACCAACUUUGUUUCACUCACAGGAUUUUAUAGUAAAUAAAAUUUUCCAGCUCUCAAA